GUGCCUCCUCCUCGAUCCUGUCAAAAAGAUAGCCUUCCCUUCCCUUCCCUUCCACGACGCGACGCAAACCCGUCCUGCCAGCCAUACUAUACUAGUGGUAUAAACCCAGGGAGGGCCAGGCGGCAUUGCACCGACGUGCGCACGCGGCCACCACUGAAACUCCCCGUCUCGUCUCUCGUCUCAUCCUUCCGAAUUCGGCGGUCGCGGGGAGGAAGAAGAAGGCUCGUGGGUGGCCGGCGGCAACCGGCAAGGGAUGAAGGAGGUGGUGGCGGCGGGAGGGGGCGGUGGGGUGUCGCCGUGCGCGGCGUGCAAGCUGCUGCGGCGGCGGUGCUCGCCGGGGUGCGUGUUCGCGCCAUACUUCCCGGCGGGGGAGCCGCACAGGUUCGCCAGCGUGCACAAGGUCUUCGGCGCCAGCAACAUCAGCAAGCUCCUCCAGGAGAUACCGGCAGAGCACCGGGGCGACGCCGUGAGCAGCCUGGUGUACGAGGCGAACGCGCGCGUGCGGGACCCCAUCUACGGCUGCGUCGGCGCCAUCACCUCGCUGCAGCGGCAGGUGGAGUCGCUGCAGACCCAGCUCGCCCUGGCGCAGGCCGAGAUGGUCAGGCUCAGGAUGGCCAACGCCUACGGAGCAGCACGCCGCAACGGCGGUGGGAGCAGCGCCAGCGGCUCGCCGUCCUCCAUCUCGUCGCCGACCAAGGCCACGCCGGACCACCACCAUCACAUGGCCGCCGUGAACCGGCCCGGCGUCAUGGAGCUGGAGCUGGAGUGCUCCAGGUUCUGGUCCUUCUGAAGGCUCCAAGACAAUGCUGCUACUAUAUUACAGUAUUACUUAGGCUGAUUUAGUGCUGUGAUGAUGACCAGGUGAUGAUGGUUUGGUAUAUAUAGAAGCAUUAUUAGUGUUUAAAAGUAGACCAUGGUGACACCGGGAGGAAGGUGGAGGUCUUCUUCUCUCCCGUAAUACACCUCCAGCGUAUCCGCGGAUUAGGAUUUUUGGCUGUGCUUUUCUUCACAAGGUAGAAGAAGAAACAACUCCUACAGGCUACAGACAUUUGAUGUGUGUGCUUUUCUUUGUGAUGCUACCCAUUGCAAGAACCUUGUUGCUACCCUCUGAAUUCUACUCAGUUCGACAUGCAGAAAUGCAGAGCAGAGCAAGAGAAACAACAUCUCUAUCAAGGGAAAUAAGUGGAUAUCAGAUGACCAUUGCAUGCAGCCCAAGUUGUCACAAGGCAUGAAAUAGCUUUCAAGUUUUUUUUUUCUGUUUUGGUUACAAUGCUGGCUCGUGAAUGAAGUAACGAAUGAUCUGAAAAA